UACUUGUACUUCAGCAUAGCCCUUUCGAGUUUGCGGCAGCAGGAUUGUGGUUCUGACAGCUCUCGUCUGCUAAAGUCACUUCUAGCUUCGACAUUCCUAUUUAUUUUAUUUUAUUUGUGUGUUAGGUGAGAACAGACUAAAAAUCAGCCAUGGAUGCCAUCAAGAAGAAGAUGCAGGCAAUGAAAUUGGAAAAGGAGAAUGCCUUGGAUAAAUCAGAACAGUUAGAACAAAAACUUAGGGAUGUUGAGGAAACUAAAGCCCGGGCCGAGGAAGACCUCUCUGUACUCCAAAAGAAAUACACAAACCUCGAGAAUGAGUUCGACAAAGUCAACGAACAGUACAACGAAGGUGUUGUAAAACUUGAAGCUUCCGAGAAACGUGUAACAGAGGCUGAAGAUGAAAUCAAGGGUUACAAUAGACGAAUCCAAUUGUUAGAAGAUGACUUGGAAAGAACACAGAGCAAAUUGGACGAGUUAACCGGCAAGUUGGAAGAAGCAUCAAAAACAGCAGAUGAGAGUGAAAGAGGGCGCAAGGUGCUCGAGAGCAGAAGCAUCGCCGAUGACGACAGGAUCGACCAAUUAGAGAAGCAAGUAAAAGAUGCUAAAUAUGUAGCUGAAGAGGCCGAUCGUAAAUACGAUGAGGCUGCCCGUAAACUUGCUAUCACUGAAGUCGACCUUGAGCGUGCUGAGACCCGAUUGGAAGCUGCCGAAGCGAAAAUUCUCGAGCUGGAGGAGGAGCUGAAAGUUGUCGGCAACAAUAUGAAAUCACUUGAAAUAAGUGAACACGAGGCAUCUCAGAGAGAGGACAGUUAUGAGGAGACCAUCCGUGACUUGACCCAGAGACUCAAGGAUACCGAGCAUCGCUUGGAAGAAAGUCAAAGAGAAAACACACGGCUUAUGAGAGAAUUAGAAUCUAGCGAAAGUAAUUACGAAGAUCUGGUGGCUAAACACACCCAAUUAAAAAUGGAAAUGGAGAGUACAAUUGAUGAUCUUUCUAAUAUGUGAGCAUGUAUAUCCAUUCCAUUAUUUCAUCAUAUUAUAUAUGAAGAUGAAUUACUUGCUGAAAAGGAGAAGUACAAGGCGAUCAGUGACGAAUUGGAUCAAACAUUUGCUGAGUUAGCUGGCAUGUGAGAACAUCAACUUCCGUCAGACAACAAAUAAACACUUCAUUUACAUUUCUACAAAGCCCUGUUUCGCUGUUACUGAUGAUGGAAACACUAUGCAAAAUGUUACUUUCGGACAGUAGUUGAAGUGAUUUUUACUAAAUGAAAGAUUUAUUUAUACAAGUUAAAGACAUUUUUAACGUUAUUUGUACAUUUUAAGAAAGACGUAGAGUAAAUGACACUGCUUGAUGGCUUAUAGUAUUGUAAAUUUAGGUGUAUCUGUUUUCCGCAAUAUCACAGGAAGGAAUUAAGCAACACUGGUCUUUCUUUCAUUUAUUGUUUUAAUUCAAGGCUGUUCAUGUUGCUAUGUUAUUGUUAAGUCUUUAAGUGGGUGUUUUUUUCUUCCAUAUGUGCAGAAAAUUCAGCAAAUGAAAUAUAAAUAGUCGCUAUAUUUACUAAAUAUUACAAUAUAUUAACAGAAAUAUUACUUUGAAAAAACUUUAUUUAAAAGCGUCUCCUGCCUUACCACAAAAAUUGUAUGUAUGUAUGUAUGUAAUUAAAAGAUUGACAUUAUUCAGCCAAAUCUUUUUGGGGUUACUUGCUUCUGUCAUACACCUAGUUUCAGCUGAAACUUUCGGUUUACAGCAGCCGUCGGUUUACUGAGACAGUCGGAUUUCCAAGACCGUCGGAUUACAGAAACUGUCGGUAUACUGCAACACUCCUUGUGCAUGUGUCCUUUUAUGUUGACUUUGUCUAUGAACCAUUAGUGAAUAGAUAACAAGUCAAAUCUAAGGCUUGAUAGGGAUAUAUGUAGAAAGGGUUUCGAAUGAUAAGUAGCCUCAUGAAAUUUUGGCUAUAUCAAAGAGAAUGUGGGAGCCAUUCGGUUACAAUGUUGAAGUGUGCAGAGCCUGGAUGGCAAAAGAUAUUGUUAGAAGUCUAAUAGCAAACUCACCAUCAGCUAGGUUAACAUGCGUCAUACAACAUCGUAAUACACUUAAACCAUCUGUAUAUUGAAGUGAAAAUAAAUACAAGCAUGGCAAUAUCCAGCCCCCUUCUGCCAUUCCGCUCUCGCCUUCAACAUCUCCCCAUUCUUUAGGUGUAUGUACUGUUCUAGAAGUUAUUUUGAUCAUUUUUGUUUAAAAAAUGACUUGUAGCCCAAAUAUUAAGAUCUUCAUUAUAUCAUUUACAGAAAUUUAUUUACUAUGUAAAUUGAAAUAUUUUGUAUUAAAAAUUGGUACCAAUUUUAACUUUUUUUGUGUCAUAGACAAUUGUGUAAUCAUAUAUAUUAUCGGUUGCCAGUUUAGUAUACUAAACUUGUCGGACGUGUUCGGUGUAUAGGGAGAUGUUGUAUAUAUGUCUUUGGAAACUUACGUAGUUAGCUUGGCCUUCACUGCAUUCUUCCUGGAUAUUGCCAACUUUGAUUUUUAACCUUCAAUAAAAAAAAUCAUAUUGUUA